UUAGUAGUAGUAGUAUUAUUGUAAAUCUGUAAUAGUAUAAUGAUUAUUAUAAUGAACAGUAACAGCAGUAUUUGAAUUAUUUCUCGGCUGAUGUUGCUGUGAAACCUGUUUGACAUGGACAGUCUCCCCCCCCGUGUGGCUGGAUGAUGGUAUCGCCCACAGACACGACACUUCCCCGUAACUCGUGACGUAACUCUUAUUUAUUGUUUUUUUUUCCUGUCAUGGUAUUUAAAAUGUCCCUUGUGACUGUGUCCAUCCAGGACCGAGUUGCUGUAAGGAGUGUCAGUCCAUGUUUAACGUCCUCAACCCUGUCUAAACUUGUAUUUACUGGAAGGACGCGCGCGCACCAGCCGCACCCGGAAGUGGCACUGCUCCGUUCCGUGUUGUGUUUCGGCUCGCAUGUGGCCUCCGUGGCAGAGCAAUAAGAAGGAGAAGAAGAAGAAGAAGGAGCAGGAGGAGGAGGAAGAGAAGAAGAAGAAAAAGAAGAAGGAGACUCUCGGUCUAACAUGAUCUCAGCACGGACAGCGCCUCACGCUCGGUGUUUCUGGUCAGAAGAGCUUUGGCUCGUGUGUUCGGCUCCAACCUGAGAUACACUAACCAGGAGAGAGAGAGAGAGAGAGAGAGAGAGAGAUGCGGUCGGCAGUGGAGUACAGUCCGGUCGGUGAGGGGCUCGGGAUGCGGGAGUACUGGCUGUACGCGUGCAUGCGCAAAAUCGCUCUCGUGGCCGCGCAUUGUGUCGCUCUGGGCUUCACCGCGCUCAUCGGCGUCCUGUCCCGACCCGGAACAAGUCUCUUCUCUUGGCACCCGCUCUGCAUGUCACUCGGGUUUUGCCUGUGCAUGACGGAGGGGAUCCUGCUCUUCUCGGGUGAGGGCUCUCCAUGCUGCUUAAAGUCCCGGAAAGGGAAGAUCCGCACACACUGGUUCCUGCAGGUGCUGCUGCUGCUUUUCGCAGCCAUGGGCCUCGGCUUCAUGGUGGCCAGUAAGAGGAAGUCGGAGCACCCCCACCUGGAGACAUGGCACAGCCUGCUGGGCGUCGGGACGCUGGUGGCUACGGUGCUGCAGGUGGCCUGCGGCAUGUGCCUGCUGUUCCCCAAGCUCAUCCACACCGUAUCCGUGCCCCGGCUGCGGCUCUACCACGCCACCUGCGGCCUCGUGGCCUACCUGCUGGCCACCGUCACCGUCACAGCGGCCUUAUUCAGCGACUGGUUCCAGGCCACCGUCAAGGGGCCGAUUUGGUACGCCUUCCUGCUCCUGCCUCCGUUCCCUGCUCUGGUGGUGAUGAACCAAAUCACAAACACCUUCCUGCCUAAGAAGAAGCUAACGACGUGAACCAUCAUGACAAGCACGAACUAACGCAAUAUAAAAAAAUGGACUUAUACUGCUGUUUAGGGUUCCAAAAUGAUCCUCACACUCUCGUGGUCUUUUUUUUUACGACUUGAGUUCACAAGCUGUGAUGCAAUGUUGAGCUUUUCCAAUAUGGUGGGACUCAUAGCGGUCAAUGCUAAGUGUAAUUACAGUGUAAUUUUAAAUGAACUGAGAUUUUUCAUAGUAAUCCCUGAAGAAAAUUGUUAUAUUCCUAAUAAUUUCAUCUCAUUUCCACUAUCACUAAGCCUUUACUUCGUGUGUAUUAAACACUUAACAACCAGAUGCAAGAUAACUAAGCUAACACUUAGCUUCAGUCAAUCGCUUAUGGUUGUCAUUCAUAUUUCGCACAACUCUAGCAUGUUAAAUCGACAUAUUUAUGUUUUGUUUGAAGACACUAUAUAAAACUAGCUGCACUUGAAGUGUGACGUAUCUCCUGUGAAAACAUACUUGCACAUUUUUUAAGGUGGUUUUUGUGUGUGUGUGUGUGUGUGUGUGUGUGUGUGUGCGCGCUUAAAGAAAUGAUACUUCACUUUAAUUCGAGAAGUAUGUUUCUGGACGGAAUAAUGUGUGUACAUCUGUACUUUAACAGCUGUAUUAUGCUUCCUCUUAGACGUGUGUCAGUAUCUGAUAUUUAUGAUAAUUUUCCUAACCUUUUAUAACGGUAUAGCACAGGAAAGAGUUUUAGCUACAAGCUAGACUUAGCAAGAGUUCAAGUUUGUCAAGUUUUCCUAGCUUUUAUGGCACUCUCAUGUGGUGAACAGGAUUGUUUUAUCCUCAGUACGUGUGCUGCUGCGUUGAAAUUUAGCUAUACUGAGAAUUUCUGGAGUAUUUCUUUAGGAAUUUACCAGCUCAUCUGAGGUAAAUGUUGACCUUACUGACAUUUUUAAUUGUUUCCAGUCACUCUGCCUUUACACUGUCCAUAUAAAAACACAUGAAUUAUUACUAAUGGUUUUGGUAAUAAUAAUAAUAGCUGCCCUUGUGUGGCCUUUAAAAUGGUGCCUAUCCCCAGUUAGCAAUAUUUUGAAGCGUAUACAAUAAUAAUGUGUGUGUGUCUGUGUGUGUGUGUGUGUGUAUAUGUAAAAGAUAAGGCAAAAAAGGGAAGAACCAUGAAAUGAUGGAAAGUCUGUUACGUGCUAACGGCAAUAACAAUGCAUAAAUAGAGGCCUUGUUGUCAUGGUUACAUUCUAUAUCUCGUGUAUGAAUCUGCUUUAGAGAAUUCCAGUAGCAGAAAAUAACAUACAUAUGUCAACCCAUCAGAAACAAGUAUUUUAUGUGGUCGUGAUAUUAUAUACGUGGUAUACUGUAUAACUGAUUGGCAGCUCAUUCCUACUCGUGUGUGAGGAUGUGCCUUUACUUAGAUUUACUCUUGAUCCCGCGUACACACAAACCCUUAGCGGUAGAAAAGUGUAAUCAAGGAAAAAUUAAUUUUUCAUCAGUCAUGUCAGCAUCAUUGCUGACUUCGGUGCUCAGAACAAGGGUUUGCGCAUACUCAUGGCCAGGAGUAAUUCACACUAUACACACGUCCUCAAUCAAAAAGAAUAACUUGAUAAAUGACAUUAUUAUUAAAUGAUGUAGAAAAAGGUCAAAAGGUCACAAAGUUUACGCACAAACCGAUGUGUACGCACGGUUGAAAACUGAGACCCCUGAGGUCCUUUGGCCUGUUGAGCUUCACAUUACACACUGAAAGGAAUCACGGGACAAAAAAAAACCCUGUUGCUCUCAGAGUGAGGAUUUUAAUUUUGAUUUAUCGAGUAUUUGUUAACUGAGGUUUUGCUCUGAGUUCAUUGUGGUUUUAAACUUAAAUGCUUGAAUAAAGGUCAACUUUGUAUUUGA